AUGAAGUCUGCUAAGUUGGGAUUUCUCCUGGGAUUCUCCCUCUUCUGCCUACUCAGUCCUCCAGUACUGAGCUUCGUGGAGAAGGUUGCUGCAAGGCUCUGCAAAGAAUUCAACGAUCCUUGUGCUUUGGAAAUGGAUCCUGGCAGCUGCUAUGAAAGCCAUUACAGAUUUUUCUACAACCAAACCUCCAAAAAGUGUCAGAUUUUCGUGUUCAGUGGUUGCAAUGGUAACCGUAAUAACUUCAUGCUUAAAAUAGACUGUGACGUUAUGUGUAAUGAAGAAUACAAGGUAAAGCCACAGAGGUAA